AGUUAAUUGCUGCACCGGGGUGUUCCAAUUAUGGGCUUUACUUGUGCUGCAUGACAGCCACUGUAACACUAACACCAAAAUUACAGCCUGGGAGGGAGAGGUGGAAAAAAUCUCCUGCUGGGGAAGGGGCAGCACUGGGGUUCUUGGGUAUAAAAAGUGAACUGAGAGCACAUUUACAGACAUUUUCCAGAGGAGAAGAGCUGGAGUUACUCCACAACCUCUCCCAGGCAGCAGGUAAUGUGCUGGACCAACAUCCCUCACUCCCUUUUUAUUUAUCCGGUGCUUACAGAUGCUCCUAUUAAAAAAAAAAAAAAAAAAGGAUUACAAGAGACUGCAAAGGGCAGUUUUUAUGGAGCAGGGACAUCAGAGCAGAAGCCAGCUGAACACAUCUGCCAAACACCACCAGGGAACUCAACCUUUGAGCUCCACACACGCCUGGAACUCAGCAAUCCUAAUUUAGAUCCGCAUCCCAAUCUUUCAGAUGCCCAAUCUCUUUCAAGUGAGCUAAUCCACACUUGGAGAGGCUUCAAAUCCAGCUGGGGCUCCUACCCAGGAGGUGCAGAUCAGAACUGGAGCGGGCACAGGGUGGGAUUUUUGGGGUGCCUGAGCUGGAAUUCCACGAUCCCAGUGAUUCCCUUGCAGCUGAGCACAUCCCACAAUUCUGUGACUCAGAAAUGCCUCGUUCCCAUCCCUCCCCAAGGUGCACGUGGAGCUGCAAUGUUUUCUGACCAGACAGGUGGGGUUUUUAUUUUUUUUUUUUUUUUUUUUUUUUUUUUUUUUUUUGUCUCUGCCAGGAUGGAGCAGUCCAGGAGGAUGGUGGCCAGUGUCCUGCUGUGUGUGCUGGCCAUGGGGCUGUGCCUGGCUCAGCACUGGUCCUAUGGCCUCCAGCCAGGAGGCAAGAGGAGCACCCAGGUCCUGCUGGGACCAUUGCAGGAGGUUGCAAAUGAAAUGGAAAAAUUAGAGGAGGUGCAGCAGAAUGAGUGCCCAGGCUCGUACCAGGAUUCCAGGAUCAGGGAUCUGAAGGAAGCCAUGGGAGUGAAGCAGUGAAAUGAUGAGACAGGUUUCAAGCAGCACCACACUAAGAGCAUCUUGGAAAAUUCCACUGGUGCCUGCUGCUCCAAAGCUGCUCCCCAAAAAGCCAUGAGCUCCCAAUUCCUCACCUCCACCGAGUUCCUGGGGGUGCUGCCCUCGUAGGGUUUGCUUUUGGGUGGAGGGGGGGGUGGGGUGGCCAAUCCAUCAGCCUGCAAGGAGGGGAAACCUGGAAAAACACAGAGAGAGAGGAAAUAGCAAAAAAAAAAAUAAAAUAGUAAUAAGGAAAAAAUAAAGAAAUAAUUAAAAAAAAAGAACAA